AUGGCUGACCCAUUGGGCACCCUGCUCCAGGUAGUUGAAGUGGUCGAGAAAGUGGUCCAGGUCUACAAGAAGAUACAGGACGCUCCAGAACAAGUACGCCGCAUAGGCAAGCGGAUGGGCAGGUUGAACACGAUACUAAGCCAGCUAGAGAUCUUGUUACGUACAGAUGAGAGAGGCUCUUUGGCGCGACUCGGCCCGGCAAUGACCGACGAGCUGCUUACUGUUAUCAAGGACAUUCGCAAGGACAGCGAAGAAGUGAAGGCUCUAUUCGUCAAAUGGGACAGUGACAUUGGCCCUUGGGGCUUGCAGUUCCGCUUCAAAUUUGCUGCACAGGCAUACUUUGCACUGGGCAGCAGCUCCGACAAGCUGGAAGCCCUUGGUAACAGCAUUGAGGAACAUCGACAGGAUUUGAGAGACCUUUUACAAGUAAUGACAGGAUUUGGCAUCAACAAGCUGCUUGUUCAAGGCCAGGGACACGGGCCCAUCAGACAACCUUCGCCUUCAUCCUCUCCGGAGCCUCCUCGCUCGGACGUCAGAAUUAUCUUCAUCGACCCGUACAAUGUCGCUCGCGGCGUUGUUGCAGAAGCAUACACAAAGCUGCUCCGCGAGUGGACUCUGAGCACUGGUGGUGACUGGAAAAUCAAAGUGGCGCACUCUGCUGGAUUCUUCAUUCGCAGCCGCAACGAAGUCACCGACACGAUUCACGGCAUGAAGUUUCUCUAUCCCAGUUACCAGCUGGACAUGGUCGAUGGCAAGACCCCCCCAAAGUCGACGCCGCUUGCCGCGCUUUUCGACAACAAAAUGUUCAACUACCCAUACAAAGAUGACGUCAGGAAACAGAUACAGGCAAGACAAUCACGAGGAGUAACGAGAGCCAUUUUCAAGACCUAUGAUUACAUCCUCGUCUUCACGGACAGAGAAGAAGACAAUUUGAUUCGGUUGCGAAAGCUGCUCGUCAACAGCCACGGCAAAGACACAGUGACGGCGAGAGGAAAGGGCAGGGUCAUGCAUCUAGGCAGGUACUUGACUCCGGACGGAAUGCGCAAGGAGAUCGUGUCUCCAAAGAACGAUGGUGAUCGAGAGCAGUGGAACGCAAAGGUUGCCCAGAUAAAGACGGCCACCAAGGCUUUCCUCAAACGAGAGUUGGACUGGAAGCAGCCACCAAAAGUCGCAAAUGUCAAUUGA